AUGACCAACCACGAAGCAGAGGAAAAGCCUUCCAGAAAUCCAGAACAGUCAAAAAGGUGGGAAGAAAGCAGAGCAGAGAAGUCAGGGAAUCAGUCUGUGGCUUUGCAGGCUGGCAUCUCCCUUGAAAAUCCAGCUCAAGAAAAAUACAGCAAAGGAAAGAGGAGGACUAAACAUUCUGAAAGCAGAGAAGUCUUGGUUUGUGAAUCCAGCUUUUCUUUCCAUCCAAGGAUCUAUGCAGGGGAUGAAACGUACAGAUGCUCUGAAUGUGGAAAGGGCUUCGGCAGGCUUGCAAGCCUCACUUCUCAUCAGAAAAUCCAUAAGAGAAAGAGACCAUUCGAGAGUUCAGAAUGUGAAAAUACUUUGGGUCUGAGUGAAAACCUUACUUCCCAUCAAAGAACCCGCACAGGGCAAAAACCAUGGCAGUGUUCAGAGUGUGGCAAGAGAUUCAGCUGUAGGAGUCAUCUGAAUUUGCAUGAGAGAGUCCAUUCAGAGGAGAGACAAUAUAAAUGUUUGGAAUGUGGAAAGAGCUUCUGCCGGAGCGCGGCCCUCACCUCACAUCAGAGAACUCACUCAGGAGAGAAACCUUUUGAGUGCACAGUGUGUGGGAAAUGCUUCUCUCAGAGUCCACACCUUAUUUCCCACCGAAGAAUCCACUCUGGGGAAAAACCUUAUAAAUGCCAGGAGUGUGGGAAAGGCUUCAGUCAGAGCUCCAGCCUGAAGAUACACCAAAGAACGCACAGAGGGCAAAAACUUUGCCAGUGUUUAGAGUGUGGCAAGAGGUACAGCUGUAAGAGUGCUCUGAAUAUGCAUCAGAGAAUCCAUUCAGGGGAGAAACGAUAUCAAUGCUUGGAAUGUGGGAAGAGCUUCCACUGGAGCACAUCCCUCAAUUCCCAUCAGAGGCUGCACACAAAGGAGAAGCCCUAUGAGUGCCUGGAGUGUGGAAGGACUUUCAGUUGGAGCACAGCCCUCUCUUCACACCAGAGAACCCACUCAGGGGAGAAACCAUAUAAAUGCUUGAUUUGUGGGAAGAGCUUCUCUGUCAGUUCGGCCCUCUCUUCCCAUCAGAGAUUCCAUACAAAGGAGAAGCCCUAUGAGUGCCUGGAGUGUGGAAGGACCUUCAGUUGGACCUCAUCCCUCACUUUACAUAAGAGAACUCACUCAGGGGAGAAACCCUACGAAUGCACAGUGUGUGGGAAAUGCUUCUCUCAGCAUCCACACCUUUCUUCCCACCGAAGAAUCCACUCUGGAGAGAAACCCUUUAAAUGCCAGGAAUGUGGGAAAGGCUUCAGUCAGAGUUCACACCUGAAGGUGCACCAAAGCGUCCACACAGGAGAAAAGCGAUAUAAAUGCUUGGAGUGUGGAAAGAGUUUCCGUAUCUCUACACACCUUAAAUCACAUGAAAGAAUCCACUCAGGGGAGAAGCCAUAUGAAUGCCUGGAUUGUGGGAGAAGGUUCAGUCACAGCACAAGCCUUAAUAUACAUCGAAGUAUCCACACAGGAGUGAAGCCAUUUAAAUGCUUGCAGUGUGGAAAGAAAUUCGCCACCAAGUCACAGCUCACAAAACACCACAUAGUCCACAGUGAAGAGAAAAAACAUGAAUGCAGGGACUGUGGGAAAAGAUUUGUACAGAGAUGGUAUCUGAUACAACAUCAAAGAAUGCACAAAGAGGAGGAAUCACAGACAUAG